UUGUUGUGUGUUGUGAAAGAGGGUAGUCGACGAAAGUAAAAUUUUAGGCCGAAUGACGGAUUCGACAGAAUCACCUGACAAUGUGAUGUGAUUGGGCCUAGCCUGUAUUAAAAAAACAACAACAACAGCGACAAGAUCUACAGCAACUUCACAAUUUUCACGUUGCAGAUCAUCAAUUGUGACAGGAUGUCGACUAGCGUGCAGUACGUGCAGCACCAGGACGAAGAUGAGGAGGAUGACCUUGGUCAGCUGACACACACACAGGUCAUCUACUCACAGAUGAGGGCCAGAGGGAAGCACUGGCCCAAGGCUAUUGGUGUGGUAGAGAUAAUCAUCGGCUUCAUACUCACAGUGCUUGGCGCUGCUGAAGUGUUCAUUGUUCCUAUGGUGGAGAGCGAGGAUGGCCAGAAUCUCAUAGAGUUCAAGAAGGAGAACUGCUACGGUGUGGGCAUGCUGGCAGGUCUUGUGGUGUACAGAUUCUUUAACCUGACAAUCGUGGCCCUGCUGGUCUACAUAGGGCUCACCAUCACUCUGAUCAUCGGCUACGCGAACGGCUGGACCACCCCAGACAAGUACAAGCCGGGCAGCAGUCUGCGUGAGGUCCACGUGUUUGUCACCAUCAGCACCGUGCUGGCUCUGCUGUUUGCCCUGACGGGGUUCGUCCAGUACUUCGACGUAAUCUGCUGCGGGGAGUUCCCUCUGUGGACCAUGUGGGUCAAGUGUCUCUGCUUCUGCUGCUACCGACAGCUCUCCUCGGCGCACGCCCUGCUACCUGGACGACCACAGAGCAGAAGAGAAGAGUCCGGUCCUGUUAUAUUUCACAGCUCCUUAUUAAGUCGUGGUCAGAGAGAGGGCAUUUCUACCCGAGAGUCGAUGUCGUUGAUGGAUGAGCGCUAGUCGUCCGGAUGACUUCCAGUCCUAAGCUAUAGACCUUAUUAUAAAAGUUAGUACGGUUCUUCUAUCUGCUGGUAGCGAUAGGCUAGCCUUACUAGCAUUGUACAUUUAUAACAUAUAGGUGGUUAGAGAACGCCACUGAUAGAUCCUUCUUUCAACUAUGCUGUUUCCGUCUUCGUUUUUCCUCAACAGAGGUGUCGAUUUUCCAGAUAAACCCGGAAAUCUGUAUUUUUCAAUUUGUCCUUAUUUUGUCUGGCUUUAAAGAUAGUUUUUGGAAGCCAAUGUCCGUAUUUGAUAACUCGGUCUGUAAACAGAGUCAUGGUGGGAUCCGAAAAUUCUAUAUUUUUUUCCAUUUCGUGGCCAGUUGGCACCUCUGUUCCAAGCACUAAAUUCACUAAACGACUGCUUUUGAUCUAUGUAGGCCUACUUCUCUUUACCCAGACAAACAAACAAUAUAUAUAUAUAUGUAUUCUAAUGCCCCCCCCCUCUCUCUCUCCCUCUCUCUCUCAGUCUCUCUCUCUCUCUCUCUCGCUCGCUUGCACCAACAAACAGCAUGACUAACAGCUUAACAGCUUCGUCAUGUCCCUUGUUGAGCGGUCAGGGUUAUGGUUAAAUGUAGAAGGGGAAUCUGCUUUAUGACUUGAGUAAAGAGGGCCGUGGUUGAACGGAGAGGUCGAAUCUGCUCCGAGUCUGAGUCUUCGAUAAGACGGAGCAUCAACACAACUGUGCUACAGUGUCUGUACACACUUAUGUACAUACAUAAUGUAGACGGAAGGCGAAUCGUGCUCUAUAUCUCAAACGAGAUCUAACAUCAAGACAAUGGCGUCUGUACACGCGUAUAUGAACAUUAUGUUAAUGAACAGAAGGCGAAUGUGCUUUAUGACUUGAGUAAUUAAGGCAAUGUUUAAUCGUGUAACAUGUUAAAAGUGGGUCUUCUCAAGGGCUUGAACAAGACUUAACACUGUGGAAUAUAUACAGUGUAUGUGCACAUAAUAUGUAAACAGAAGGCGAAUCGGAUCCACUCCUAGCUGAUCAAGCAGGGUUAUGGUUGUAUGUGGGAGUAAGGGGUGGACCUGGUCAAGGGCUGUUGUACAUGUAACAAGACUUAACACUGGAACACAAGGGCUUGUACUAAGUUGUACGCACGUAGUAUGUACAUAUUAUACAUAUGUAAAUAGAAAGAAGCCGAAUCUUCUCUAUGUCUUGUUGAGUCACCAUGGUCAUUGUACAGGGUGCCCACUACGGAUGGGAUCUGCGAGUCGAACGAUCGGUCCGAUCCAGCCGUAGUGGCCAUCCCGUAUUAUAUGUUGGAGUAAAAGGUGGGUCUGUUUUACUUUAAGGACUACCAUAACAAGACUUAAAACUGUAACACAACAGUGCUUGUACUAAGCUGUAAUAAUAAUAGAUAGAUAGAUAGCAUUUGUAUAGCGCAAAUCCCCACUCAACAGCAAGCUCUAUGC